CGCUGUAUCAUUUCUGCGUUGAUUUGCAGCGUAUACUACAACUGAAUAAUGAGUGGAAGAGGCAAAACCGGCGGUAAGGCCAGAGCGAAGGCUAAGACUCGCUCCUCCAGAGCAGGGCUGCAGUUCCCCGUCGGUCGUGUUCACAGACUUCUCCGCAAAGGCAACUACGCCGAGCGCGUCGGUGCCGGUGCUCCGGUUUAUCUGGCCGCUGUGCUCGAGUAUCUGACCGCUGAGAUCCUGGAGCUGGCUGGAAACGCCGCUCGGGACAACAAGAAGACCCGUAUCAUCCCCCGUCACCUGCAGCUGGCGGUGCGCAACGACGAGGAGCUGAACAAACUCCUGGGCGGAGUGACCAUCGCUCAGGGCGGCGUGCUGCCCAACAUCCAGGCCGUGCUGCUGCCCAAGAAGACCGAGAAACCCGCCAAAACCAAAUAAACACGAGAAUACACUAAACUCCUAAAGGCUCUUUUAAGAGCCACCCACUUUCUCUAUAAGAGCAGUUUGAAUUCGAUGAUAAAUUUCAAUAGCUUUAUUUCUUUUUAUGUAUAUCUAAACCACACACGAUUUGCGUUGUGUUCACGCUGGACACGAGUGGUGCCAAUAGAGAGAAUUAUAAGUCUUACUGUGUACACAAUUCAGUUUGAGUGAAAAAGCACAAAAUGAUCCUCACGUGA